AUGGUGUUCGAGAAGUGGAGAGUUCUUUUGCCUGUUGGUUCUGCUAUUUGUAAAGACUGCGACAAAGAACAGCACAGGCCUCAUCCCUCUUCGAAUAUCUCAACGGAACAGAAGCCUGGCACUUCCUCCGCCUAUGAUGAGCCUCUACCAUGUUCUAGUACAGAGGAAAGUUUUGUGGGUACAUUGAUUGUCGAUAUCGACCUUGAGCAUCAGAGUCGAUCACCAGUAACAUCUGACAGACAACAAGUCAAGUUGGUUUCUGAUGAGAUGGGAGGCAAAGGUGAUGAUAAUUCAUCAAUUUCUUCUGCUGGGUCUACAUGUAUCAUCCAGGGACGUCACCUUUUGUCAUCAAGUAAUGGAGAAUCACCCAGCUCCGAUAAUCUGGAUAAUGGUGAUAAACCACAUGAAUUCGACAUGUCCUGGGCCCCAACUCCAGCGCCAAAGAAUAUGCAUCUUGGCUUCCUCAAUCAGUUUCUGAAGCAAGGGGGAUGUAAUUCAGUUUCAGGACAGCUUCUUCUGCCGCUUGAUGAUGCUUCCUCAAGUACUCUUCGUUAUUACAAAAGGAAGGCAAGGGAAGCGGUUGCUUUAACGUUGCACUGCAUAGCCCCUGGACAAGAAAACGAUCUUAUGUCACUGAUCCAGCCUGCAGUGCCUUCUCCAAUGGCCGAUGAACUGGACAAGGUUGUGGUGAAAUGCUAUAAUGAUGCCUCGUCAUGGUAUAUUAGACGACAGAUAUUGUCCAUUCUUGCUCCACAUAGAACCAAAGAGCAACUAAUGGACAUGAUUCCUGGUCUCACGAAGUACAGGGUAGAUGAAGCCUGUAAACAUGCAAGGGAGGUUGGCCAGGCUCAGCCAGUCGAGGUUGAAGGUGUUACUCGUUCACGCCUUAGUGAAGUGAAGGUCGACCAUUUUCUAGAUUUCAUCUCCCGCCCAGACUUCCUACAAGAUGUUGCAUACGGGACUAAAGUUGUGAAAUUGAGCAACGGUGAAAAGCUUGAAAUCCCCAAGGUUGUACGAACAGUGAUAACAUCAAGAAUAAUUCAGCUUCACCAAGCCUACUGUGAAGAGGUUGCCUUUGAGCCAUUGAGCAGGAGCACACUCUACUCAAUCAUUCAGGUUUGCGCAGCUUCCCAACAGAAAUCUCUUUCUGGUCUUGACAACAUUGCAGCUGAGGGGUCGGAGGCAUUUGAUUCAUUGUUCACCAUUGCAGAAAGUCUUGGUGAUCUUCAGUAUCCAGCUGCUUCUCUUUAG